AUGAGCCUGCGUGAGUCAUCCCGCGCAGCUUUGCUUUGGUCCGCGCCACAGACGCGUCUCUGGUGUCGCUCCGUGAGGACACAGACCGUGGACACAGACCGUGGACACAGACCGUGGACACAGACCGUGGACAUAGACCGUGGACACAUGUGGCAGAGUGAGAAAGUCUUACCCCUGCCGGAGAGACGGCGCUUCUCACUGUGGAUCCAUGAGCUGUGGGACUCGGACCGAUGGAGGAUCAACGCUGCUGAUGUGAGCCAGAGGAACCGGAGCACUGCGCAUGCGCCACAAGACUUGAACACGGAAACAAGUGCCGUACUAUGA